AUGAAAACCAAAGGAAAGUACCCCAUUGCCUUCAAACCCAUCCUCCUCAUCACCUUCUUCCUCCUGCUUUUUCUUCUGGUAAUCUUCCUCAGAUCAUCUUCUUCAUCUCCAUCUCCUCAAUCUACCAAAAUACACUCAGAUGCAGACUUACGAAUCAACCCAUCAUCUUGCCCUCCACAACAACACACAUCAAUGGCUUCCGAUCAAACAUGCAACAAGAUCUCGCCGGCCAUCGCUGAAGCCCUCGUCCACUACGCCACUUCCAACAUAACCCCACAACAGACCUACAAGGAGAUCUCCGUCAGCCUCCGAGUCCUCACCAAGAAAUCCCCUUGCAAUUUCUUGGUUUUCGGGUUGGGAUACGACAGUCCGAUGUGGGCCAACCUCAACCACGGCGGCCGGACUGUGUUUCUUGAAGAAGACAAGUCAUGGAUCCAACAAAUCCAGUCCAAGUUCCCGACUUUGGAGUCGUACCACGUCGUGUACGACACCAAGGUGGCCCGCGCCGGCGAUCUUCUGGAGAUGGGGCGGAGGGAGGAGUGUCAGGUGAUCGGAGACCCGAGGGUUUCUGGGUGUGAGCUGGCGUUGAAAGGGAACUUGCCGGAGGAGAUAUACGAAGUGGAUUGGGAUCUGAUAAUGGUGGAUGCUCCGACGGGGUAUCACGACGGAGCUCCGGGGAGGAUGAAGGCGAUCUACACGGCGGGGCUGAUGGGGAGGAAUAGGGCGGAGGGGCAGACGGAGGUGUUUGUGCAUGACGUGGAUAGGGUGGUGGAGGAUGAGUUUUCGAAGGUGUUUUUAUGUGAAAGGUAUAUGACGGAGCAAGAAGGGAGACUGAGACACUUCACCAUUCCGAGUCAUCGGACUCGGCUGGGUAGACCUUUUUGUCCUCUCUAAAUCUCUUUCUCGUAUAAAUUCUACAAGGGUAUAAUUGUAAUUUACAUGAUUCGUUACUUGGACUUGAGAUCAUGUAAGACCGACCAACCAACCAGUAGACCCGUGGACCAUAAAUUAUCACCGAACCUUAACAGCAAAACAAAUCAUCAUGUAAUUUUUAAGAUGGUGUCACGGAAAUAGGCUGGUCUUUACUUUUAAAAUGCCAUUACAAUAUAUUUUUUAUAUUCCAUA